AGAUAUAUAAGGAAAUUGACCAAUGACAUUUCGGCCAGAGACACCAACGGCGGAAGCUUCCACUGUUGGUCAAACUCCACCACCGUCUUCCUCCUCAAUCUCCGACCAAAUGGACCCUCAACAUGCUUCCAACACCCUCGUUCACCUUAGAAAACUGGGCAUGGCCCAACCUGUUCCUGAGAGCUGUAACACCAGUGGCUUCUAUUCCCACUUCUAUGAAAGUUUCAUCAAGGUCGAUCACAUCCAGCGGGGGAGAAUCUCUUGCACUGUUCCUGUCAAACCCGCAAUCUCUAAUGAUUAUGGAACAUUACAUGGGGGUGCUGUUGGGUCUCUGGUUGAGCUGCUAUCUAUUGGUUGUGCUAGAACUGUUGUUGCUGAGGACAGAGAACUUUUCCUUGGGGAAAUUAACAUAUCUUACCUCUCUGGAGUUCCAACCAAUGAGGAAGUUCUAGCUGAUGCCUCCGUAGUGAAGAGUGGAAGAAAUGUGACUAUGGUUGCACUAGAGUUUAAAGAAAAGAAAUCUGGGAAAUUGGUUUAUAUUGCUCAUGCUACCUUCUAUAACUUACCCAUUGCCAAGUUAUGAACAAUUAUCUUUCAGGUCAUUAUGCUGAUUCAUAUCAGUUUUAUAUCCAGAGUGCUCUACAUGUGUUAUAUUUUUGUUUUUUUGUCCAUUGCCAUAUCUUUUAUAUCUCGGAAAAGCUAGAAACAAUCUGCAGUUUCUUAUUGAUCUAGUGAAGCUGAAUAUAGAUCUCUCACCCUUGUGAAGCUCUCUGGUUAACAUAUGCGCUUGCUGAUCUCCGUAUUGCAUCCCUCCUAUUAGUGGUCAUUUACUGUGAUAAUCGUUCAGCCCUACAUCUAGCUGCCAAUUCCGUAUUUCACAAACGUACUGAAAACAUUGAAAUAGAUUGUCACAUAGUAUGAGUUAAGGUUCUAUUUGGUAUUUUACAUCUUCUUCAUGUCCCUUCAUCUGAUCAGGUGGCCGAUGUUUUCACCAAAACCAUUUCACAGUUCACAGGGGCCAUUUCAAUUCCUGGUUGCCAAUCUUGGAUAGCUUGAUCUCCAUUCCUGUUUGGGAUUACAGAUAUUAGUUUAGUCAGUUAUUUUGUUAUUUUACUUCUUUCUGUUAGUCCGUUUCUUCUAAAUUGUAACUGACUUAGAUUGCUAGCAAUGUAUAUUAAGCUAGUCUCUGUAUUGUAUCAGUGUAAGAAUGACAAUUCUUCCAUUCACGCAUCUUUCUACUGUACUUGUUCUUCUUUUC